AUGACCGCAUAUUUCCGCCCACAACCCUACAGCGAGGAAAUCAAUUCUUUUUAGCAGCCUGUCGAAAACGGCCCGCGGAAAUUUCACGACAACCUCAAGCAAGCACCCUUACCGGAGACCCUUCCUCGCCCGCCCUACUUACUCGUCGCCGCCACCCAACACCCAUUUCACGAUGUCGACUUCCAAGGUCAAGACCGGGCAGCUCUGGAACAAGAACAAGGAUGACCUGCUGAAGACGCUGGGCGAGCUCAAGACCGAACUCGGCCAGCUUCGCAUCCAGAAGAUCAUCUCCUCCAGCGGCAAGCUCAACAAGAUCCACGACCUCCGCAAGUCUAUCGCCCGCGUCCUUACCGUCAUCAACCUCAAGCAGCGGUCGCAGCUGCGUCUAUUUUACAAGAACAAGAAGUACCUGCCGCUGGACCUCCGACCGAAGCAGACCCGCGCCAUCCGCCGCCGCCUGUCGCCCGGCGAGAAGUCGAAAACGCUCGACAAGACGCGCAAGCGGGCCACGCAUUUCCCGCAGCGGAAGUACGCCGUCAAGGCUGAAUAGAGGGUGUUUUUGGUUUCCGGCUAUGGUAACGUAACGAGGGGGGCAAGGGAAAGCGUAGACGCUUCGGCACGGCCUGCCCUUCCCCCCCCCACAACAAACAAACUAAAAGGAGGAAUAUCCUGAUAUUUGCAUGGCAUCACACGGCUUUCUCGGUUCAUAGGUGUUUACGAGGUUACACUUUUGCAGUCAAUGUCGCUGCCGAAUGCAAACAAAGACUUUGCCUUCGGGCGUUGAACAAA